UCGACUCCAUAAAUACUUUUUGCUCAGAGCACGCACGAAAGGAAGUCGGAGAUGGUGAAAGAUGGGCGGCACAAGGCGUUGCGGAGGGUGGUGGGUUUGGGGUUCUGGGUGCAGGGGUUCCGGUGCUUCCCAUGGAUGGGCGUCAACUUUUUCCUCAAGGACGGCCUCGGCGUCGCCCCCUCUUCGUUGCAGAUCCUCCAAAACUCCUCCAAUCUUCCCAUGGUCGCCAAGCCCCUCUACGGCAUCCUCUCCGACGCCCUCUACCUCGCCGGCCAGCACCGCCUCCCCUACGUCGCUAUCGGAGCUAUUUUGCAAGCAAUCUCAUGGCUGGCAAUUGCUACAUUACCUGGGACAUCGCUUUCUAUUGCCAUGCUCACUCUCUUUCUCCUCCUUGGGAACCUUGGUGCCUCUAUAGCAGAGGUUGCCAAUGAUGCCAUUGUUGUGGAGGCUGGGAAGCAAUUACAUUCUCCAUCACAAUCAGGCCAACUUCAGUCCUUUGCAUGGAUGUUGGCUUCUCUUGGGGGCAUCCUUGGAAACAUCCUUGGUGGCAUCGCCAUCAAGGUGCUCUCUCCCAAAACUAUGUUCCUGAUCUUUGUAGUCCUCCUGGUUCUCCAAUUCUUCAUGACCAUCACUGUUUCUGAGAGCUCCCUUAACCUUCCCAAAAAGAUGAACCAUUCAUCAAGAUUCUCUAGCAUCUCAAAACAGAUAUCUGAGUUACAUGUUGCUCUUUGCAAUUCUGAGAUCAGCCGUUUGAUUGCGUGGUUCUCAACUUCUUAUGCUAUGAUUCCACUGCUGAAUGGCACCAUGUUCUUCUACCAAACCCAGCACCUAAAUCUUGACUCUUCAAUCAUCGGCUUCUCCAAAGUCUUUGGCCAAGCAGCAUUACUUGUUUGGAGUGUAGCCUACAACAAGCAGUUCAGGAAGUUUCCUGCAAAAAGAAUUUUAUGGGCAUUGCAGGUUGCAAUCGCCCUGUUUAUGGUAUCUGAUGUCUUGUUUGUAAAAGGAAUUUACCGCGAUAUCAGGAUUGCGGACUCCAUGUACGUGGUAAUCAUCUCAGGACUGCAAGAAUCUCUGUUCCAGUUCAAGAUUCUCCCUUUUAGUGUUCUCAUGGCACAGAUCUGUCCGUCUGGGUGUGAGGGGUCAGUCAUGGCAUUUUCAAUGUCAGCGGUGGCGCUUGCAACUAUUAUCAGCGGUUAUCUUGGAGUGGCACUUGCCAUGUCUGUAGGUGUAUCUGGUGCUGACUUCUCGGGGUUUUCAGUAGGCAUCUUGAUACAGGCAGCUUGCACAGUGCUGCCUCUCUGUUGGGCAUCGUGGAUCCCAGAUGGCAGCAGGCCUGUCAAGAAAGAAGAGUAGGCUGUGUAAACAUUUAAUGCAUUCCUUCCUAUUCUUUUGGGAUGUCCUUCCGUGGAAGUAUAUUUACAUCAUAGAACAGCGGAUGCAAGCUAGAGGCCAAUGCUGGAAGCUCAUCUUAUUUUGUGCUUGAGGCGCUCGUGCUAUGAUUCCCCUGACCUGUCUCAAGGCUGGAAAACUCUCAAUUCUGUGAACGUGAACGUGUGUUGAUGUGAAUUAAAGCUUGUUUAUGGGAAAAUUACUGGUUGACAGUUGUGAAGAUAGUAUUUGAGGAUGUGCAUAAAUGGCAGCUUUUUUUGGUGCAAGAGGUUUUUGUCAAAACUUUUUUUGGUGAACCAACAAAUGUUACUACUUUGAUCAGUUCUAUCAUCUCAGCUAAACAUCGAUGCGGUUUGUUAUUUGCUAGCGGAUCCAUCAGCACUUACUCGCCGAGUUUCCUGCAGCGACAUAUGGUUCACGAUCAUCCAUCACAGACGAAGGGAAUUGUGCAUCUUAAUUCUCUUUUAUUAUGAUGCCUUGGAAACAAUGCUGCUUUAUAUUGUAAGAAAAGGGAAUCCUGUUUGUCCAUUACGACCAUCUUCUCGUGACAGAGAAGUUUGUGCUCGAGUUAUAAAUGCCACAACGAGUGAAAUACCACGUGCCUCCUGCCGGCCAUGCACCAAAGCCCUCCUGCCUGCCUGCUUACCAUUGUCCUCCCAUCCUCCUCAUGGUGAGUGGCGACGAAGAAGUCGAGGGUUAGGCAGAGAGGAGGGAAGGGUUGCAUGGACUUAACCAGACUUGUAGAGUCGUGAGACAUUUUUAUGUUGUCCGUUCGUUAAAGGUUAUAUUAGAAGUAAUUUUGCUUAGGCCUUAAAAGAACUUGUAACAGAGAAUCAACUAAUUCAGAAAAUAUGUCGCAGAUAAGUUUUAAUGUCUUGCA